AGAGGCACAGAGAAAGACGGAGAGGGAGGGUGUGAGGCUGGAAGUGUGUGAGCAGAGAGAGAGAGAGAGUGAAAGAGAGCGGGAGCAAGAGAGAGGGAGAGAGAGAAACAGCAGUGUGUGUGAGAGGUUGAAGGAUCACUUCAAUCCCGUCUUGUUUUUGGGGGAGACUAACCUUGUUCAUCUGAAGCAUUGUCGGACUGUUUUAUGUUGUUGUUGUCGAGAGAGACGGACCCUUACUCCAGCAUGCUCACUGAGCCUGAGCUACCUCAGGAGUGUAACAGGAUGUCUUCCAAGCGACCAGCCUCUCCAUAUGGGGGGACAGAUGGAGAGGUAACCAUGGCAACCAGCAGACAGCGAGUGGAGGACGAGGAGAGCGAGGGACCGGGCGGUGUCAUCCACCUCCCUCUGGCCUCCUACUGCGGAAAGGUGUCCCCUCACUCGCCCCCCAGCCGCCACUUGGAUAGCCCCCCCAGCACGGAGCACGAUGGCAUCAAGGGGAGCUCUCUGAGUCCUUACCCACAGCACAACGCUACCUCACCAGGCAAAGAGGAGGGUGGAGGCGGGGGGAGACCCUGCAGUGACGGCGGCUCGGCAACCGGCACCCUGGGGACCCCCGAGAGACGCAAGGGCAGCCUGGCGGACGUCGUGGACACGCUGAAGCAACGCAAGAUGGAGGAACUGAUCAAAAACGAGCCAGAAGAGGCCCCCAGCAUUGAGAGGCUGUUGUCAAAGGACUGGAAGGAUAAACUUUUGGCCAUGGGCUCAGGGCACAUCGGAGAAAUUAAAGGUACCCCAGACAGCCUGGCGGAGAAAGAGCGCCAACUCAUGGGCAUGAUUGGCCAGUUGAGCAGCCUGAGGGAGCAGCUUCUGGCGGCGCACGAGGAGCAGAAGAAGCUGGCCGCCUCACAAAUGGAGAAGCAGAGGCAGCAGAUGGAGCUGGCCAAGCAGCAGCAGGACCAGAUUGCCCGGCAACAGCAGCAGCUUCUGCAGCAGCAACACAAAAUCAACCUCCUGCAGCAACAAAUCCAGCAGGUCCAGGGCCAGCUCCCUCCACUGAUGAUUCCCGUGUUUCCUCCUGACCAGCGGACCCUGGCGGCCGCCGCAGCCCAGCAGGGCUUCCUGAUGCCCCCUGGCUUCAACUACAAGCCUGGCUGCAGUGACCCCUACCCUCUCCAGCUCAUCCCCACAACAAUGGCCGCCGCCACGCCCGGCCUGGGGCCCCUGCAGCUACAACAGUUGUACGCAGCUCAGCUGGCGGCCAUGCAGGUCUCCCCGGGGACGAAGCAGCACGGUGGCAGCCUCGCGCCCCAAGCCAACCUGGGCGCUCACUCCCCACCCACCAACUCACAUCCACAGGGCGACAAGAACCGCAGCUCCCCACCUUCAAACAAAAACAAGGACAGUGAGGGUGCACAGCCACUGAACCUGUCGGCCAAGCCUAAGGCAUCCGAGAGCAAGUCACCCAACUCCCCCCCAACUUCCCCACAGGUUCCCGCUGCCGCUGCCGCCACCACCAAGCUGGGUCCCGCCGGCUCCGUGAAGCACAGCGCCGUGCCCUCCAGCAUCGGAGCGCCGUCCACCAGAGUCAGCUCAAUAGCAGACUUGUUGUCUUCGUUGUCGUCGACAGCCUACCUGAACGACCACGAGGCCGUGAGCAAGGCCUUCGCCGAGGCCCGGCAGAUGAAGGAGCAGCUGAAGGGGGAGCAGCAGGCCCUGGACGCCAAGAUGGCCUCCGUCAGCAACCUCAGCCUCAACAACGGCCGCUCCGACAAGGACAAAGCUGCCUUGGAGAGUUUGAGUCAGCAGCUGAAGCAGCAGGCCGACGACAAGUUCAGCCACGCCAUGCUGGACUUCACCAUGAGUGGAGACUCCGACGGAUCCCCCAGCGUGUCUGACUCCAGAAUAUUUCGGGAAACGCGUGGCAGGAACAACAACGAGCCGCACAUUAAGCGGCCGAUGAACGCCUUCAUGGUUUGGGCCAAGGACGAGAGGCGGAAGAUCCUACAAGCCUUCCCAGACAUGCACAACUCCAACAUCAGCAAGAUCCUCGGUUCGAGAUGGAAAGCCAUGACCAACCUGGAGAAGCAGCCUUACUACGAGGAGCAGGCUCGCCUCAGCAAGCAGCACCUGGAGAAAUACCCGGACUACAAGUACAAGCCGCGGCCCAAACGCACCUGCCUGGUGGACGGCAAGAAGCUGCGCAUCGGCGAGUACAAGGCCAUCAUGAGGUCCCGCAGGCAGGAGAUGAGACAAUACUUCAGCGUAGGGCAGCAGGGCCAGCUGCCCUUAUCCUCUGCAGGCAUGGUCUACCCAGGUGCCCUUUCAAUGGCAGGGAUGCCCUCCCCCCAGAUGCCCUCAGAGCACUCAAGUAUGUCCAGCAGCCCAGAGCCCAACGCCAACCACCACCAGAACCCCCACAUGCCCGGACUGAAGGGGGACGAGCCACGGAUCAAGGAGGAGGAGCUGCGGCUAGACGACAGCAACGGUGACGUGUACGAUGAUUUUGACUAUGAGGACGAAGAGGCCGACUACGCCAGCGACAACGACAACCAUAUCCCCCAUUAAGGCGGCACCGGUCACUGCCGGUGGCGCUCUAAAGAUUCUAAACACAUCAGUCAGGAAGAGGAGUUUGUAUUUCGCCAAUCACCUCCAGUUUAAAAGAUAAAAACACCUCCCAUCCCCUCUUCUCCUGACUGACACGGACUCUUUCGGCAGAGCCAGCUCCCUUUCCCCUCCCACUGGAGUCCUGAUACCAGCAUCUGAUCAAUCAAUGGAAGCACAGGACCUGUCACUCACACUGACUGUUACACAUGCUGGAGUCUGGGAGGAAGCCAGUUUAAAGCUCACUAAGGAAUAUUCAAGUACUACUGCGAGAGUGUGAUGCCACAAGUGAGAAGACGUUUAUAAAAAUCAACCCUUUUCAGUCCAAUCUGGAGGGAAAGGAGACAUUUUAAACUGAAAAACUAAAACAGCGGACCUGUCAAAGGCUAACAGAUGACACUUUAGGACGGCAGACCUGUUUAUUAUCAAGAGACACUUUUAAGAAACAGCUUUUUUUGUUCUUUGGUUCUAUAAUAUUCUCACUCAGGUACACGGUGCCAAUAAGUGGCUUGUGAAUGUGAUUUGUUGUUUUUUGUGCUACAAGUUCGAAUAAUAGAAAAAAAGAGACGUUUCUUUUUUUUCCCCUCCCUUUUGUUGUAAAGCACCUGAAAGACAUCAGACCUUUAUUUUUAACUGAAUCCUCAGCCUAGCGGUGUGCUAUCGGUGUCUCCACUCGCCUCUUUCUCUCCCUCCACCGCUCAGGGGGAGGAGACAGAGGGGACCCGAUCGAGGGGGGGAAGCGUCCCGGAGAGGAAUUGAAAGCACUGUGUUUGUGAGACAAUCCACGAGUUUUCUUCUCACUCCGUCCCUCCUGUCUCCAUCUCGAUAUCGUGUAGGGCAAAAAAAAAAGAAAAGAAGUUUAAAAAUCAUCAUCAGCACGACUCCUGAAACAUCCGACAGGUGCGCGUCGGUGUGUGUUGCUUACAGCACUUUUGUUUUUGGUUUAGAGCAACAACAAAAAAAGGCGCUAAAACAAAAUCUUGAAGGAUAAGAAACUUGUUCUGCUGCUGUUAAUGCGCUGUAACACACACACACACUCUCUCUCUCACGCACACACACACACACACACAGAAAGCUAUUGUUGUGUCUAAGUGUUUUCUGCUCCCUCCAAUCAACGUCAUCCUGCUGUAAGCCAGUGGGUGGAGCCGGAGUGCAGUCAGUGUUUCUGUAUUUUAUUAUUAUUUUUCUUUAAAACUGCCUCUAGUCUAAUAUUAUUAUUAUUAUUAUUAUUAACCAUAAUUAAGAGGAUGGUCAGCGUUUCCUGAGUUAAGUAAGUUAUGUACAGUAUAAUUUAUUUUUCUCCUCCUUAUCAGGUUUUUGUGACCGUAUGAAACGGUCACUGAAACAUUAUUCUAUUUAGCUGGUAGGAUUUAGAUUUAAGCAGAAGUUGUUCUUUUACCUUGCUUUGUUUUUGUUUGUUUGUCUUUCUUUUCCCCUCCUAAAUCUGUUUUGACUUGUAUUAACCCCUGCGGACGGAUGUGUGGCUCAGUUAGGACAGCGAGCUCCUCUAAAGACGCUGAAGACUUUUUUUUUAUGUCCAUGCCCAUUUCUACGAAGCACUCAGACUCUCUGCAGUCAGAGAUAAAGAACAUUAAUAUUUUUUAUUAUUAUUGUUAUAAUUUUAUUUGUAAUGAUUAUCACCAUGUACAAUGUGAAGGUUUCCUCUUUUUUUGUUGUUGUUUUCUUUGAGAAUGAUUUGAAGGAUUUCUGUGAACAAAGACCUGUCCCCGUUUACUAGCUGAGCCGCUGAGCCGAGACGCAGUGAAACAUCUGCUGGGAUCCUCACGUCCACAGCCCCGCCCAGAGGUUUACAUACUCUUGAUCGGCAUGAAUGUCAACUGAUUAACACAUUUGAACAUUUCUUAUUUUAAGCUGGACUGAUAAGAUAUAUAUAUAUAAACAUGAAUUUUUAAAAAAGGAAUAUGUUGUAUAAAACAAGAGUCAGAAUUGUGUCUUAUAUGUCUUGUUAAACACACCUUAGCAAGUUGUACACAUUUUCCCAAGCCAUGAAAUUGUAUUUUCAUAAUUCUGUCUGAUUAUUGACCACUGGCUCUUUAAAUUGCUCAGUUUGCAUGAAGACUCCAGCAUAGGCCAUACGUUAUAAAUCGGGCUAAAAUUGGGAGUGGUCAGCAAACAAUGCUAGCCUGCUUUAACUAUUCUGAAACCAGUUUUGAACGUUUAUAAUUGGUUGCUUCCAACAGGAUAACCAAUUUUUGUAACCAUCUAGCAGAAUCACUGACAUCAAAACAUUUGCACAACAUGAUGUGUAGCAGUUGGUGCAGUUUUCUUAAUUUUACAAGCAUCACCUCGAAUCCUCCAAUCAAUCUUGCUAAUCUUUACCUGAAGAAAUUUAAGACCAUGCAGUAGAACUUCAGCCAUUGUGGUUUCUGGGUUGUUCCAGAAGAUUCUAACCAAUUUCUCCUCAUUCAACGAAUAGCUGCACAUUAAGACACAGUUGGGUGUCCCAAACUCACGUAAAAUCUAGCUCUGGAGUACAACUGCCCACCAUUGCGCGUCUGGAUUGGCCCUGACAAUAUGCAUAUUCAAACCUUUCAUUUCGGACCGCAUCAAGAUGAUGAAUGUUCUCAAAGGGGCUGUAGAACGGCUUAUGUAAUGAUAAAACUAUCAGUUAAAAUUUAAUAAUUUUAACAUCUUUUCACACUGAUCUAAUUUGGUCCUAUACAAAGAAAAACUGAUUUUAGUCGACUGAUAAAAUAGUACACAGCUUAUCUUAAUGUUCAGUUUAUGUGGGUCUAUUUUUUUUUAUUUACUCUAAUUUAAGAGUUAUAGAUAUUUAAUUCAUCAUCUAAACUCCCUUAUUUGACAUUCAUGCUGAUUAGAGUAUUCAACCGUCUUCACGCACAAUCACAAUCACUAAAACACACUCCGACAAUAUAAAGAGGUUAUUAUUGAAACUAAACAAAUCCUAUGCUGUUUGCUUUUUUCAACCCUGUACAUAUCUAGAAUGUUUUUGUAAUAGCAGUGAUUUUCUUUCAUCCAAUCAUCAUCAUUAUCACAGGAGAGCAGUGUUUACUCUGACCCAGCAGGAGUGUUUCACCGUGUCGGCAUGCGAGGCGGCCCGGCGGUAUCUCUAACCUCCCUCAUCAGGAGCCCUUUGCUUUGUUUGAGCUCCACGCGACGCUACAGGAGCCAUGACUACUCUUCAGGUGUGACGUCGCUUAAUGAUCCCCAAAACCCCCCUAUCUAUUUUUUCUUCAUCUUCUUUAAAUCGCUAUAUAAAUGUUCCACAUAAAGAGCUUCUGGGUCUUAAUUAUGCUGUAAAGUCACCCCUGUUAUCACCACACUGUUGCUGGAGAGAGGAAUCAGGAGAGCGUGUGGGGCAUUAAAGACAUCAAUCAUCCCUGCUGGCAAGGUCUGUCCCCAUGACAAGACAAUGAAAAUAUUAUUUAAGACAAUCAAGUCACGAGUGGAGCUCACAACAAAGUAAGAAUUAUUACAACAAAAAACUAUCUUACCAUCUCAACUUGAAAAAAAAAAAUCAAGAAAGAUAAUUAUGUAAAUAUAACAUAGAGUUAUAGAUUUAUAUUUUGUUCAUAACACAGUGUAAUAUAAGUUGUAUAUUUCUUUUUUUUUUGGUUUUCUCUCCCUACUGUCUCUUUUAUUGAUGUUUAUUCAUGCCACAGAAAAGUGGAGUCGCAGUACUCUCUCAAAAAAAUGAAAAAAAUAUCAACGAAAUAAAGAAAAACAGGAAAAACAACAAAAAAAAUCCGUGGGCUGCCACCACCAUCUGUUCUGAGUUCACUUUUUUUUUUUUCAGUAUUACUGCCAGACGAGGCUCUAAUAAAGACAGCAAUGUGUUGAGUAAAA